AAGGCACGUCAGUCAGGCCGCGCGGCGGAGGAACGAGUCGGCGACACCUGCGAACAAAGUGAUAACCGACUUCCAGCGCGCGAACGCGCGUGAAGCUGACGCGCGCGUUCACGCGGAAUACGUCGUUCCAAAAGGUGUUCGUGACACGGAGGAGCGAGCAACGGGAUUAUAAAAAAAAAAAAAAAAAAACACAAAGAAAAAAAGUUCAUUUGAAGACUUCGAGUGAUGCGAUUUUAAGUGGAACCCGGAGCGGGAGCAGAGGCACGAGCGCAGGCUUCUGGUGGAUGGAGAGACGAUGGAGGGGAACAGAACAGAGGUGCCCCUGUAUGGACAGGUGGAGGCCCUGGUGAGCUCACCAGCCGACGCCCCCGACCGAGCGGAGUUUUACGUCGUUGUGCGAGGCUCCGCCCUCACGCACGUGACCGCGGCGAAACGAGGAGCCGACGGACGGACCCUCUGCUACACGGUUCCUGGCCACGCCCCCGCGGAAGCCGCCGCCGUCACGUCCUACUUCUACGCGGCGGGGCGGGUGGAGCCGUGCGAGGGCCGGGCCUCCCUCCAGUACCUGGCGGACGCGGCCCAGGAGGCGGCAGAGCACCUGAAAGCGAACCGCGAGCGGCUCGGCCCCCGGAGCCACCUGGAGGUGCUGGAGAGGUUCUCCGCCGCGGGGUUAGAGCGCCGCGAGGAGGAGGAGGAGGACGGGAUUUCAGGUGGGGAGUCCGGUCUGGGGAAGCUGGAUGAGAAGAUCACACAAGCCAUGGCCAACAUGGAAUACCCUCAGCAGUGGAGUGAGGCCGACGCUCAGCCCAGAGAAGCCGCUGAGCUUCAGCCCAGAGAAACCCUCCUUCACCUGGCGGUGCGCCUGGGUUUGGUCCACCUCUCGCGCUUCUUAAUCCACCAGCCCCGAGGUCAAAGGGCACUGACCGCGCCCAACCAGGAGGGGCACACCCCCCUCCAGCUGGCCCAGAGGGACGGACGGCACGCCAUGUUCAGGGCGCUGGCGGCUCCCCCGGGUCCAGCUGUGGGCCCCGUUCCAGGCGUGUGGUGCGUGUGGGCCGACGGGUCCAGCAUGGUGAGGUUUUGUCCCGGGACGGGCUCCCUGACCCUGACGGUGCGGCAGGGGCGGCGGCCGGAGCCCGGAGGCCGCCCCGAGGACGCCGUCGGGAUCCUCCGAGAGCGACUGGCCGACGACAGCGUCCUCAAACUGGUCAAUGUGCUCAAAGGUGAUACUGAGGAAGACGAGAGCGGCACAGAGGAAUCUGCCCCGAGCGAUGAAGGCGUUGGCAAAGCGCUCCGAGUGGACGCGGCGGCGCCGGUGGACCAUGUAUUUGAGGAACAACUGGUUCUUUCUCUGGACGACGACGACGACGAUGAAGACUUCCCGUCCUCAUCGUUUGGGGCGGUGAACGGGCGUCCCGUGCUGCCCGCCGGAGUCCAGAACCAGCCGGUCCAGCAGCCCUCGGUGAUGGACGCCGGCGACCCGACCGCCCCGCAUCACCAGCAGGAGGAAGAAGCUGACCCGCAGGUCGGGGACGCCACCGGGACGGACGGCGGGCCGCGGGACGCGGAACAGCCGCCGCCGGCCGCCGAUGCCGCCCCUCCCGCGCUCUCACCCGCCGACCGGGCCCUCGCCCGGCUGAGCCGCCCCGCGUCCUCCGAGCAGGCCGGCCGCCGGCGGACGCGCGUGACCUCAGCGCGUGACCUCAGUCCCAGCCUGGUGGCCCUGGAGGUGGACAGCGAGGAGGAGGAGGAGGAGGAGCCACAGUCCCCGCUCUCCCCGCUCUGGUCGGAGGCGGAGAAAAAGGAAGACGAGAGUGAAGGCUCCUCGCCCUCGGCGGACGUCGCCUGCACUUGCAGCCAAUCCGCCUCCUCGGCGAAACAGACGGGUGAGCGUGGGAUUCGACUGCGUUCGUACUCCUACUCCUCCCCCAGAAUCAGCUUCCGUCCCGCCCGUCCGACCCGCGACAGCAACCCGUCGGACCCGAGCCUCGAUGGCGUCCCCCACAGUGUCGGCCACAGCCGCUCUCUCCUUCAGGCGCUCUCUCUGCCUAUGUCUCUGUCUCUCCUCCACCCUGGGAAGCAGAGACCCCCCAUGACGCCAGAGCAGCCGCACGAAAAGAGGGAGAUUAGGUUCCGUCAGCGAGCGCAGUCCGCUGAGGACGAGGGCGGCGUGGAGCUGCCAGAGUCCCUCCAACAUCUCACCCUGUCUGAGUUCCUCAAAGAAAUCCAAGAGGAGGAGCUGGACAAGUGCAACGUCCCCGCCAAGGCGGAGUCGGAGAAGUACAAAGUCGCCCGCACCUUCAGUUUCCUGAAGAGCCGGAUGUCCAGCACCCGCAACAAGAGCAAGGGGAAGGCCAAGGACAGAGAGGCCAAGGACCGGCCGCCGGACGGACACCGGUUUAACGCCGGCUCCUGUUUGGGCCCCAGCGCGUGCGUCGUGUGCGAUAAACCGGCCUCCGGGAAGGACGUGCUGCACUGCGCCGGCUGCGCCGCGAUCGUCCACAAGGGCUGUAAAGAAUCCGUCCCGCCCUGUUUGAAGAAGCUCCAGGAUAAAUACGCCGUUGCCAUGGUGAAGAACAGGACGGCGUCCCUCCCGCAGAAUUUCACAGUGAGAGACGGUCCCCCUCCGCACGUCGUCCCCGUCUCCCCGUCUCUGCCCGCCAUGAGGGACGCGGACGCCCAGCCGGGCCCGCCCCCCGGGACCUUCCCAAGCGGCGACAGUCGGCUCGGCGACGGUCCGGAGGCCGAGUCCGACGCCUGGAAGGUCGGCGGGCGAUCGGAAGAGCCCCCGGCGACUCGGGCGUCCUCCGACUCGUCCUACGGGGAAGACGCCGUCGACGCGUGCAUCCACAGCGACAUGUCGGCCGACGCCGCGGACUACGAGGCCGAGUCGUGGAGUCUCACCGUGGACAACAGGUUCUGCAGGAAGCAGGACAAGCGAGCCGUGAAGAGGCAGGACGUGAUCUACGAGCUGAUGCAGACCGAGCUGCACCACCUGCAGACGCUCCACAUCAUGGCCGAGGUCUUCCGGCGGGGCAUGAGGGAGGAGGUGCAGCUGGAUCCGGAGGCGCUGGAGCGGGUCUUCCCCUGCCUGGACCAGCUGCUCCUCACCCACCACGGCUUCUUCGCCGCCAUGAAGGAGCGCCGGCACGGCUCGGCUCGGCCGCACGGACGCGGCAACUACCUCAUCCGGCGGAUAGGAGACGUCCUGCUCCAGCAGUUUUCAGGUGAGAACAACGAGAAAAUGAAGCAGUUGUACGGAGAAUUCUGCAGUCGUCACAACGAGGCGGUGAACUUCUUCAAGGAGCUGCAGCAGCAUAACAAGAGAUUUCAGAUCUUCAUCAAGCAACAAGGUAAUAACUCCUUGGUGAGACGGAGGGAGAUCCCAGAGUGCAUCUUGCUGGUGACCCAAAGGAUCACAAAGUACCCAGUGCUGCUGGAGAGGAUCUUACAGUACACUGAAGAGGACACGGUGGAGCACGCCGACCUCACCAAAGCGCUGGCUCAGAUCCGGGGGGUGAUAGCGGCCGUGGACCUGAGCGUCAGCGAGUACGAGCAGCACCAGAGGUUGCAGGACGUGUGCGGCCGCAUGGAGAACCGCAGCGCGGCCAAGCUGAAGAACGGCCACGCCUUCCGCAAGCAGGACAUGAUGGCGCCGGGGCAGACGCUCAAACACCAGGGCCCCCUCCUGUGGAAGACCGCCACCGGCCGGCUCAAAGACGUCCUGGCGCUCCUUCUCACCGACGCGCUCAUCUUCCUGCAGGAAAAAGACCAGAAGUAUUCGUUUGCCGCAGUGGACCAGAAGCCUCCCGUCAUCGCGCUGCAGAAGCUAAUAGUGCGAGAAGUUGCGAACGAAGAGCGAGGGAUGUUCCUGAUCAGCGCGUCGGCCGCCGGGCCGGAAAUGUACGAGGUCCACGCGUCCUCCAAAGAGGAGCGCAACACCUGGAUGAGGAUCAUCAGAGAGGCUGUCGAGAGCUGCCCGGAGGAAGAGGAAGAAUCCACGAGUGAAUCCGAAGAGGAGCGGCGAGCUGCCGAGGCUCGCGUUCAGAAGAUCCACAAGCUACAAGAGAGUCUGCUGAGCCAGGACCAGCGCAUCUGCUCCAGCCUGGAGGAGAAGCUGCAGGUCUACGCGGCGCUCGGCGCUCUGAGUGGGAGGACGGACACGGCGGCGGCGCAGGUCGAACCGCGGCUGCUCGUCCAGCCGAACUCCGAGGAGCCGCCCCAGGGCGGCGUCCUGCUUUCUGCCGCUCUGCGAGAGGCCGAGACCCUGAAGGCCACGCUGUCGCCUGGGGCCCGCUCUCCAUCGAGUCCCAGCCCGGACUCCGACGACGCCGACUCCGUGUUCCCCGUCAGCCCGGCGCCGCCCCCCUCGGACCGCGAGGGCUCGCCUGUAACCCCGGAGGCCGGGCAGGGGGGCUGGACUGAGGCCCUCGGGCUCCGCUCCCCUUCUCUCCUGCACCAAACCCACAGGAACGGCAUCGACUCCGAGGUUGCUCAAAGUGUCCAAAGCCUGACCCGGUUACUCUACAGUCUGCAGGCCACCGUCGCCAUCCAGGACAGCUGCUGCGAGGUCCAGAGGCUCCUCCUCCGAGAGAGCGGCCGCCCAUCCCCCCGCGCCCACCGGCCGCACCUCCCCAGCAUGCGGGGCAACACCCUGCAGGAGCAGGAGAAGCAGCGCAACCUGGAGAAGCGCAAGGAGGAGGUGGCGGCGGCGCAGCGGCUCAAGGGCCGCCUCCGCCAGGAGAAGGAGCGCUGGGAGCGCGAGUGCCAGGCCCGGGAGAGCCAGCAGGGGGAGCAGGAGAGCAGGCUGGAGGAGCGGGAGCGGCAGUGCCACCUGGAGACGGAGAGGCUGAGGCGAGAGCGCCAGGAGCUGGACGAGCAGCUGGAGGAGUACCAGCAGAGCCUGGAGCGGCUCCGGGAGGGCCAGAGGAACGUGGAGAGGGAGCGCGAGCGCCUGGAGAACCAGCGGGAGCUGCUCCAGGCGUGGCGGCGCUGCCGGCAGAGGAGUCUGCCCAACGUGAUUCCGCACAUGGUCAUCCCUCUAGAUGGGCGUCAGGACCCGGCGGCGAGUCGGCCCCGAGGCCUCGCCGGCAACGGCUCCGCGUUCGUGAACGAGGCGGCGUUCGCCGACGCCAGCGUCAACAACCGCCACGGCAAGAACGACCCCGACGCGCACAACUGCCUCAACGCCCUGCUGGCGAGACCCGGCAGCAGACGCAGCGCCGGCGCGAAGACCCCCCGCGGCACGCACGGCGACCCCCGGGGCUGGGUGGUGGGGACGGGGUACCUCUGCGGCGCCGCGCGGCGGCUGGAGCUGCAGGACGCGCCCGCCGAUCUUAACCGUGCCGCCGCCUACAUCGCGGGGAGCUGGUCGACGACAAGCGGCGCCGACUCGCCUCCCGCGCUGCCCGGUGCCCGUGACCCCCGCCUGGACCUCAGCGCGCUGGUUUCCUUGGAGACGGACGGCGGCGGCGGCGGGGAGGAGGCCGGCGAGGAGACCAUUGUGUACCUCUGAGACUCUUUAAGUAGCCAACCCUGCACUCGGAAACCAGACCAAGACAUUCGUCAAGCGCCAGGAUCGGAUGGAGAGUUUUCUCCUUUUAAAAUGAUUAUUUUUUUAUAUUUAAGCGGUGGCUUUGUGGUGUUUUUGUAAGCGUAAAGUGCCUGGAAAGAGAGAAAAUGACGUCGUUUCACGUGUCCUGCACCUUAGCUCCAGGCACCGCCGCGCGUUUUUAUUUCUCUGUGUCCUCGGCUUGGUCCCUCCCAGCUGUUCUGUCCCUCCCGUCACAGGCCCCACGUGUCCUGCCCUCCUAUUUAUUAAAUUGACCAUAAUGGAGGACAAAGCGCCUUCGCCCACAAAGGAGCAGACGGUGUCUCUCCAGCGGCUUCCUUCGUCCGUCAGACUGUCUCUGUUUAUGCACAAGACGCCCGGGUUGAAUGAUGCGGCGCGUUGCCGUCGUUUAUUUCUCUUUAUCCUGUUGUGAGUAAUAAGCGCAGAUGCAGUUCAAAUGUUUCAGCUGUGCCAACUGCGGGAAAAGCGCGUUUUGAUGCCCAAAUGUCCCCGUGAGGGCAAAAAAUAGUUGCGGUGAAACAAUUCUCCUCACAAUGUUUUCUUUCUGAAAACAUUUUCAUUUAUUUAAUUUUAGCCCCAUUCGCGGCGUUUCUAUUGGCUGGACUGUCAUGAUCCUUAUUCCUGUCCCCUGACAAUCAAUCAUAAUUUCCUAGGUGAAACUUUUGGGAAUUCAGCGAUAGAACUGUGUAUGCAAUAUACAAGCUGUAAAGGCUUCUCUCCAUGAGCUUACAAUGCUAAACUAUUACACUUGAAUAUUUACCUUUCUCUUGUGGGCAUUUCGUAUGUAAAGAGAUCCCUGUGCCAACGCUUCAGCAUAUAAAAUAUGUCUAAUUUCUGUCAGUGGCUUUGUUUUGAUGCAAUUUUAGUACCACGUUUGUAUGUUUGUGCUACUAUUUAUUUAUUACAGUACUAAAGAGAUUUACAGUGCUUUGUGAAGGGUUGCAUUGCACCCGGUAGUUUACCUGUGUGAGCAGAGGAACAGGUGUGUUUCUGUUUGUUCGUGUUGUGUGCUCAGCUGUGGCCUGAUUAAAAAAAAAAUACUUUUAUUGAUCUUCAAAUUAGUACUUUCUUUGGGCUAAUAAAUGGGACCCGGGGAACCUUUUUAAAUAAACCAAAAAACAAAUAAUCAAGCUGAUUAAAGCUCAAAAACGACA